AUGACUGAAAUACGUCGCAAUAGUCUUGAAUCUCGUUGUGAUGAAAUCAAGCGGUUAGUAAUCAAUCAUUGUACAAGUGAUUCAACUGUGUUGGGUAUCGAUGGAUUACUGGAUGCAUUACUUGUUCUGUAUGAUGAAUGUUGUAAUGCAACGUUGAAAAAAGAAAAAACAAUUGUAGAAUUUCUUGAAUAUGUUGGAACGUUUAUUUCGCGGAUAAAACAAUGUCGAGUUAAUCGAGAUGAUUUUCAAACAAUUAAAACUAUUGGGCGCGGUGCAUUUGGUGAAGUCGUGGUUGUGAAAAUGAAAAAUACAGAAGAUUUAUUUGCCAUGAAGAUUAUGGACAAAUCUGAAAUUUUGAAACGAGCGGACACGGUCUCUUUUCGUGAAGAACGAGAUAUUCUUGUAUUUGGAGAUCAACAAUGGAUAACAAAACUUUACUAUGCAUUUCAAGAUAACAGAAAUCUAUAUUUUUUGAUGGAAUACUAUCGAGGUGGAAAUCUUUUUUCGUUGUUAUCAAAUCAUAAUGAUCAAUUUUCGGAAGAAAUCACUCGAUUUUAUACCGCGGAAAUGAUUCUAGCAAUCGAUUCUCUGCAUAAAUUGGGCUACAUUCAUCGAGAUAUCAAACCCGACAAUGUUCUACUCGACAAUCAAGGUCACAUUCAUUUAGCAGAUUUCGGUUCUGCGUUGCGAUUGAGAGCUGAUAAGACAGUGGAGAAUAAUUUUGCUGUCGGCACACCGGAUUAUAUUUCACCUGAGGUUUUGAAUGCGAUGAAUUCAAAUCGGAGUCGUUACGGUAUUGAAUGCGAUUGGUGGAGUUUAGGUUGUGUAGUGUGGGAAAUGUUAUUUGGUGAACCUCCGUUCUACUCGGAACUUUUGAAAGAAACUUAUGGAAAAAUUAUGGAAUAUGGAAAGAAAAAGACUCCACUUACGUUCCCUGAUGAUACUGAUGUAUCAGAAGAUGCGAAAGAUUUGUUACAGAAUUUGCUUUGUCCAGCAAGUGAUCGACUUGGAAAAAAUGGAAUUGACGAUUUUAAGAAACAUCCGUUUUUCCGUUCGAUUAACUGGGCAAAUAUUCGACAAUCAAAGGUACCGUUUCCUUUCAAUGAACAAGAUCUUAGGGAUGAUGAUGACACAUGUGACAAAAAACCUGACAAAAAUUAUGGAUUAUCAAAACCUGAAGCGGGAUUCAUUCGACAAACCCCAUUUAUUGGUUUUACUUAUUCACCUAAUACUCACAUUUCAAGCAACUCUCCAACGACUCCUAUUCUUCCCAUCAAUCCACCUUCACCUAGAGUUCGAAACACGAACCCAUCUAUCUCUCAGAUUGUAUACAAUAGUUCGAAUUCCGGACAAGAAGAACUGGUUAAAACGUUGAAGCGUCAACAGUCAUCUCUUUCAGCAGAGGUCAAUCGUUUGCAACAAUUGUAUGACCAAACCAAACUCGAUUCGAGUCAACAAAAACAUCAACUGCAGUUAAACCAAGAUUUUCUUACCAAACAAUACGAACGAUUAAAACAAGAUCAGAUCGAUUAUUUCAUUCGCCUGUUUAUUUCGCUUCAAGAUCUUCCAACUGCGAAGAGAUACGAUCAUUUUCUUAAACAGAUGGAUUUAUCUCGACAAUUAGAUGAACUCAAGAACGAAUUUCAACAACAGAUCAAUGAUUUGAUCGUUAUUCACAAAUCUUUGUUAAUCAAAUGUUCGAAUGAAAGAGAAAAAACCUUUUUAAAUGAGCUUUCUCUUCUUUUGUCAAAAUUUCGCGAAGAAUUCGCUCAACUUCUUCAGAACGAUGGAAAUGAUGAAAUGACCUUGACGAUCGACUGCGCAGAUCAAGGAUAUCCUGUUUUAAAUGACUUCAUCGCAUUUUUCACCGAUCUUUACAAACAAGUCAAUAGUGUUUUACACGAAAAAAACAACCUGACCGAACGGUUCGCGAAUCUAGACAAAAAAUAUCGCAAAUAUUUCAAAUGGACGACGAAAAUCCACAAGAUCAUCGCUGAAGAUCCAUCAAAAAGUGAAUAUCUAAAACAUUCCGCCAUUCAAAUGAAGAAGGAUCUCGAACAAUUGGAAGAAACAAGUGAUCCUCGACCAAAAAGAUCCAAUACAAUCUCAUCAAUUACAUCAAAUACCAUUUCUCGUUCGUUCAAAUUACAACAUAUGGAAAUUCAACAAUUACAAACAACUGUCAAACGAGAAGUGCAAGUUCGAGAAGAACUCGAAAAAAAACUCAAAAAAGCAGAGUUGGAAAUUCUUCGAUUAAAAGAAGAAAACGAAUCAUUACAAAAACAAAUCAAAUCGUCAAGAGCACCAAGUCUUUCAGCUCACUCGUCAUUACCGAUACGAAAGAACAACACAAUUACUGACCAACCGCAAAUACCACCGGAUGAUUCAAUCGUUGAUCAACCAUUGGUUCUUCGAACUAAUUCUCUACAUGACUUCUCAUUGGUUAAUUUUCGUUUGCCAAGUAUUUGUCAUUAUUGUCGAUAUGCAUUGAUUGGAAUUAUUCGACAAGGAUUCGUUUGUCAACGUUGUGCCAUCGUUUGUCAUUCGGAAUGUAUGGAGAAAAUACAAACUGUAUGUGAUUUAGCAAAUCGAGAUCGAAAUCGAAUCAAUCUUCUGGAUCAAAAUAUUGUUCGAAUCCCGAAAAGUGAUGAUUUGAGAAAAGAAUGGAAGAAAUGUCAGUUAUUGACAACAGACACAAAAGUUUUAUUUUACGACUUGACUAUUGACAAAAACAUUACUUGGCCUCGUCCAUGCUUGAUUCUCGAUGUUUUCGACCACAAAUUUCACGUCGAUUCAAUCGCAUUGUCGGAUCGAGUCAAUGGAAAUAAAACUGAUCUGGCUGCGACCUUUAAGAUCAGUGUGACGAAAAUCUCCGCACCUCAACGAACGAAGCAUGUAUACAUUUCGGCGACCAAUUCUUCGGAAAGAGAUCAAUACAUCGAGAGACUAAAAUCAUUACAACAGAAAGCAUCAAAUGAUCGCGAAAAUUUUCGUCUGAAAGAAAUUCGAGAUGCAAAUACGAGAAAAAUCACCGCUGCUCUUAUCCUUAAUCAAAAUCGUUUUCUUCUUUCCAGUGAAGAUGGCAUUUACCUAUACGAUCUUAGUACCGAUUCAUUCCAGAAAUUAUACGAUAAAAAAGUUUUUCAACUAUCUUUGGUAUCCGAAAAUCAGUUGCUCCUCAUCUUAUCUGGUAAAGAACGAAUGAUUCGUAUAAAAUCUUUCAAGCAUUUCCUCGACCAUUCCUCGUCGUCACUCGAUACAAAAAUUCCUGAAAGCAAAAACGCGACAGUGUUCGCCAUCGAUCCACAAUCAUUAACCUUAUGCGUGGCAAUUAAAAAUGGCAUUAAUGUUUACAAAAUCUUCGCCAAACCUCAACCAUAUCCAUAUAAACACCUAUGUGAUCUACAUACGACACAGAUCAUCACGUAUUUAGACAUUUCAACCUUGAAAAUCAAUAAUCAGGAUGAACGAGUUAUUUGGUAUGGAUAUGCAUCAACAUUUCUUGCACAAAGAAUUGAUAAACAAUAUCCAAGUGUGGAAUUAUUAAGAGAAAAAGAUCCAACAUUGAAGUAUCUGUUGGAAAGAAAUUUAGAAAUCUUACGAGUUAUCGUGGUUAAAAACUCGUCAUCAACUGAUGAACUUCUACUUGUCUAUCGUAAGAUUGGUGUGUAUAUCAAUUUACUAACUGGAAUGCGCACACGUCAUCAAGAAUUGAUGUGGACAUCUUCACCCAACUCUACAUCGUACUCCGAACCAUAUUUAUUCCUUUAUAGCGAUAAAUCAAUCGAUAUUUAUGAUGUUUGUGACGGAAUAUGGCUACAAUCGUUUCCAUUAUCUAAGACUUCGCCAUUAACGCUCGAUGGUUCGAUAUCAAUCUCUAAUGACGAAGAACUUUAUCAAAAUCACACGAAAUUGAUUCACAUUGCUCGUAAAACUCAUACGCAAACACCUUUGAAUUUAGUAAAAAGAAAAUCAUCAAGUGGUGAAACUUUAAAUUCUCCCGACUCGCCUGUAGAUGUUGUCAUCUCCAAACCGUUAAAUUGUGUGCAUGUUGAACAUAUCGGACCGGACGAUGGUCGACGGAUGCUUUCUCAAAUGUCCGAUGAGCAAACAAACAUCGUCGUGCUAUCAACAAGACCAUAUUCAACAAGUCGAGUCGAACAUGGUGAAACUUCGACAAAUUUACAGUAUCAAAAAUCUCUGAGAUCGGAUGAAGCAACCGAAGACAUAGAAAGUUAUUACGCAGUUUUAAAUUCUUAA